GUCAAUUUGUAUUUUGCGUCAAUGUAUUUUGAGUUUCCGUCUUGUACACACAGUACGUUUUGUAACGUCUGUUUUCUCUUCGUGGCGGUCAAACAAAAUUGUGAUUAGUUGAUAGUAUCUUGAUUUAAAUUAAAUUAAUAUGUACUUCUUAACCUUUUUAUACCGACAUAAUAUCGCGUUUUCCGUGCUUGGCAAAUUCCAAAAUUUUGAGUAAUGACUGAUGAAUGCCACCGUGAACAGGUGAAUAAAAACCAUAUGCUUCAAUGUUUACGGCCCAGUUUUUAAUGACUUAUGUGGGACAACAGUGCUAAGUGGACAUAUAUUGUUAUUUUAAAUGAAAGGGAAAGGUAAUUCUUCCGAUUUGCAGAUGAGUAAAAAUGUCAACAGAAGGCAGUGGAGAGACACCUUCGAUUGUACCAAGUUUGCCGGGGGUACCAGAGCAGACCUAUCUUUUUCCAAAGGUAAAAGGUCAUUCCCGAUCUAUAAGCCAUGGAGGAACUCCCAUGUUGGCUGGGAAUCCAGCGACCUCGAGGCCCCCGCUCAAAUCGGCUAUGCGGGGUCAUCAGCGUGCCCUAUCUCAUGGACAGAUUGGCGAAGGAGCUCGAGCUUCCUCUGGGCCUGGCCACAGCCGCACCGGUAGUAGGACCGAAUUCAUAUUGCCCCCAGGCCACAGAGAUGCCGCACCUGUUAGUGCCCAACCACGCCUGUCAUCAGUACGAGGCCAUUCCCGACAGGCUUCGCGCUCAGACUCAAUAUAUACGUUACGACGUGCAUCUGUGGUACCGCGAUGGCAACGUGCAGUCUUUUGGCUUAUGCGGAGGCAGCAACCAGCCAUUGACAACAGACAUCUCAUUGUCAUUCCCAACCAUCUUAUUCCUGAUAAGACACCGCCUAAAGAUCACCCAAAUGGUCAUAGAUGCAAUAACAAAAUCAGGACUACAAAAUACACCUUACUAUCAUUUUUACCAAAAAACUUGUUUGAACAAUUCCAUCGGAUUGCAAAUGUGUAUUUUAUAUUCAUAGUGCUACUGAACUGGGUGCCAGCUGUAAAUGCAUUUGGCAAGGAAGUAGCUAUGCUGCCAGUGUUAUUUGUGCUAACAGUGACUGCUAUUAAAGACCUUUUUGAGGAUCGCAGAAGACAUAUGUCAGACAAGAGAAUCAACAAUUCAUAUUGCAGAGUAUAUAACAAAUCCAUGGAAAGAUACGUGCGGUUAAAAUGGAGGGACGUGCGCGUGGGUGACCUGGUUCACCUCUCGAACAACGAGCCGGUGCCAGCUGAUAUGGUGCUGUUACACUCGUCGAACCCACUUGGGAUCUGCUACCUGGAUACAUGCAACCUCGAUGGCGAAACCAACCUUAAACAGCGAAUUGUUGCUCCAGGAUUUAAGGAGAAGCGGCUCGAGUUCAAUCCAAUAAAGUUCAAGAGUACAGUGGAAGUAGAAAGACCGUCCACGAAAAUAUACAGAUUUACAGGCAACAUCUCACACCCAAACGGAAUCCGGGUCCCUCUUAAUUCGGACAAUCUUCUUUUACGAGACUGCACUAUCAAGAACACGGACUACGUUGAAGGCAUCGUUGUGUAUGCGGGACACGAAACGAAAGCUAUGCUGAACAAUGGCGGCCCCAGAUAUAAAUGUUCCAAAUUGGAAAAGAAAAUGAACACAGAUGUUAUAUGGUGUGUUUUAGUACUGUUAUUUCUGUGUUGCGCUGGUGCUGUCGGCUGUAAGAUAUGGUUUGACAAUUACUACCCGUACGUCAACAAACUACCUCCCUUCAUUCCUCGCGCCGAUCUGCCAGCUUACGAGGGCCUACUGAUCUUCUGGACUUACAUAAUUAUACUGCAAGUAAUGAUACCAGUUUCUCUCUAUGUAACCAUUGAAAUGACGAAACUAAUACAAGUGUAUCACAUACAUCAGGACGUGGAGAUGUACGAUGCUGUAACAAAUACGCGGACCGAGUGUCGGGCGUUAAAUAUCACAGAAGAAUUGGGUCAAAUAAGUUAUUUGUUUAGUGAUAAAACGGGGACGUUGACUGAAAAUAAAAUGGUGUUUAGACGCUGCACGGUAGGAGGCGUAGAUUACGAUCACCCGCCUGGUCCGGAUGCUGAACCAUCGAGUGACCUUCCUCCUAUUGUAACACCGAUAACAAAAGUGUCACCUAACCGAAGGAUGCUCCAACAUUCACUAGACAGCAAUGACGCUCAGCAUACCCAAAAAGUACGAGAGUUCCUAUUAAUUCUUGCCGUGUGCAACACAGUAGUAGUCAGUCAGCCGCACGUCGAUUCGCUGAGCAACUCAACCACCGAUCAGUUUCAGGCGCAAAAGUCCUCCAAACCCAACGGAACGCUACGAUCAAACGAUAAGUACGCUCGCUUAACUGAAUCUAGAUCGACGACGCCAUCACCACCCCCUUCGACGACGUCACCAUUGCGCAUACGACUACCGAAACUGCCAUUUGGAAGUAGGGAUGACAAUUCGAGCGAGCCAAGCACAUCAGCUGAAGUUCAAUUGGCCCGUUUCGAAGCAGAAAGCCCGGAUGAACUGGCUCUAGCUGAAGCCGCACUUGCGUAUGGAUACGAGUUACGCGGGCGAGCGCCUGAUGAAGUAGAGAUAGGAAUACGAGGAGAACUCACGAAGUUAAAAGUCUUGCGCGUACAACAAUUCGACUCUAAUAGGAAGUGUAUGUCGAUAGCACUACGCGCGCCCACUGGACAGGUCUUAUUAUACGUAAAAGGCGCGGAUUGUACAGUAUUAGGUGCCCUUGCGCCGAUGAGAUCGGGAUCAGCGGAAUCUGCCGCGUACGAACGAACGCGUUCGUUGCUCAGCGAAUACUCGCGCGCUGGGCUACGUACACUUGUCAUGGCGAAGCGAACUAUGCAACCAGCGUUAUGGGAAGAGUGGUUGGCUGGACAUAAUAGAGCUUCUGAAAUUGGCGAAGGUAGAGAAAAGCGUCUCCGCGAAUCAUUAGCACGCCUUGAAAGUGCACUAACAUUAGUAGGAGCGACAGGAGUCGAGGAUAGACUCCAAGAGAAUGUCCCUCGUACUGUAAGGGCUCUGUUAGACGCGGGGAUCGUGGUCUGGGUUCUUACUGGGGAUAAACCAGAGACAGCCAUCAAUAUUGCCUAUUCAGCGGCUCUGUUUUCGCAAAGCGAUCGGCUUCUACACCUCAUGUCGAGAGACAAGGAACACGCAGAGUCAACAAUAAAGAGUUACCUCGAAGGGGGCGUGACGGAAGGCGGCACGGGUCGUGCGCUUGUAGUGGACGGACGGACGUUGACGUACAUCCUUGACAGGCGAUCGGGAUUGGUCGCGCCUUUCUUGUCUCUGGCUAGACGCUGUUCCUCUGUGCUUUGCUGCCGUGCCACGCCUCUACAGAAGGCAUAUAUCGUCAAGGCAGUGAAGGAAGAGUUGGGAGUGACGACGUUGGCUAUCGGUGAUGGAGCUAAUGAUGUGUCCAUGAUACAGACGGCUGACGUUGGCGUUGGUUUAUCAGGCCAAGAAGGUCGUCAGGCAGUAAUGGCAUCGGAUUUUGCCUUAUCCCGCUUCAAAUUCAUCGAGCGACUAUUGCUCGUUCAUGGCCAUUGGUGCUAUGACAGACUGGCAAGGAUGAUACUAUACUUCUUCCUCAAGAAUGCUACGUUCGUGUUUCUAGUAUUCUGGUAUCAGUUGUAUUGCGGUUUCUCUUCUGCCGUAAUGAUCGACCAGCUCCAUCUGAUGGCAUAUAAUCUUAUGUUCACCGCAGUUCCUCCAAUUAUAAUGGGCGCAUACGAUCGCGUUGCGCCCGCGUCGCUUUUAACCGAGCGUCCGGGACUUUAUAGCGCGUCAAGGCGUGGUCUUGCAUAUCGAGCUCACUCAUACUGGCUCGUACUAGCCGAGUCUCUCUAUAUCAGUAUUGUGAUAUUCUUCGCCUGUCGAACUGCCUACAACGAUACUGACGUCGACAUAUGGGCCUUUGGGGACUGCUGUAUGACCUGCUGUCUGGUCAUCAUGCUUGUGUACGUCGCUAUAGAGACGAGAAGUUGGACGGUGAUUCAAGUGAUAGCGCUAUGCGGGUCUCUGGGCUCGUUCUAUGCCUUGACGCUGGUGUAUGGGGCGGUUUGCGUGUCCUGCUUCAAUCUACCCUCCACGUACCACGUGAUGCAGCACGCAUUAGCUGACCCCAUAUAUUGGCUCGUUGUCGUACUGACAACUGCUGCAGCACUCGCCCCCAGAUUGGCGUGUCACGCGGUGCGUAACUCGUCCCGCCCGGACGCAGUGGGUCGGGCAGUGCAAGCGAGACGGAGACACGCGAGGUCCCGCUUGCCUUACGCCGCCCACUAUCACACCACCACUGCCUCCGCACACGUCUACAGAUCGACAGACGAGGACGGCCUCCAAAGGAGCUCUGACGUGGCGUCGAUCACGUGACGGUGAGUGAAGAAUGAACUCGGCUGUGAUCUCUGCUCUAGACUUCGUGAUAAAGGGACCAAGACGUCUGGAGUAUUAUCGAGCUUGACCCUUAGUUACCUUUACUUGGGUUUCUAUAACCGGUUAAGUGAUAUUUUGUGCCCGCCGGUGCGACUUGCCUUAGACUGCACUGCUUGGAGUGAAAUAUGCACUUGACAGCGGCCAUGGCGGGUUGCCGCAAUUAUUAAUUUCAUUUUAGACAUUUUUCUUGGCCGCACUGAAUUAGAAUCGCGGACAUUUUGUACCGGUUAUGUAAGCGUCUCUUUCUUGUUUAUACUGCUAGACAGAGACAGAUUAAUUAUUCCGAGUGCAUGGUGAAUUUAUAGUUACGCAAAGCGUGAGGUAAAAAAACCGUCAAAGAUAUUCUUGAUAAAUAAUAGAAGUGAUUGUCGUUAAAUAGUUGCUCCAAAUAUACUCAAAUGACAGCUUCAAUUUUUACCCAUUAAGCUUCAGAAGCUAUAUUUUUAUUAUCAUACUAUUAAUUACGCUUUACGCAUGUUUAUUAUGUGACUGACUUAAAUCGGAAUGUACCUAGUCAAUUUGCGAAAAUCUCAAUUCGAUGUUAUACACGAUUAUGCCAUAAAGACAAAUUCAUAAAAGCAACACAGAAUUUUUUUUACUAAAGUCUAUCUCCGUCUCUUUUUUUUACGCCGGAAUGAAAAGAGACAAGAGUAUUUACGGGGGGGUUUAUAUUUGAUUGGUCUUAGAUUCCUCAUAAAUUACACAAGUGCCUUCUAACAAGUGUUUCCUCCGAGUGCAUAUUUCACAAGCAAGUUCUACCCGCCUUUGCCCGGGUGAUUCCUAAAGAUUUGACUAUUUUUAAUAAUGUUUCUAGUUAUUGUAAAUAAAAAUUAUAUAUUUCUACAUUGACAAUUAUUGUUAUAUGUACAGUAGGAUAUUUUUAUAUUAAAAAAAAUAUUUGUGUAAAUAACCGUAUGUUCUAAGACUGUUGUUUAUUUAAAUCCUUUAAUUUGAACGAAGUAGUUCCAUGUAUUUUCCAGUCAGACGAAUGAUUUACUCUCCACAAUUAGCAAGAUUUCAUUGUAAAUGUGUCUUUAAAUCAUUGUGUUAAGGUGCAUUGUCUAUUAAAAUACGAAUUAAUCUUGCUUUUAGGAACGUAGAUAUCCGUACUUAAUGCAAAUCUUGCUUUAAAAGAUCAGGUUAUGAAAAUAAUUCGACUGUCAUGGCAACACGAAUAUUUCUUGCCAUAAUUGACUAUACCAAAUUGCAUUUUAUUAAAAAU